GUUAGCAGGGGGGAAGGAACAGCGGAGCGCGGUGGCCCAGCCGGGCUCCGAGGGGCCCCCCAGGCCCGGUGCCUGAGGCGCGGGCCCGGCGCUGCCGCCGCGGCCGCCUCCCAUUCGCGUCUCGCCCGGUGUCAUUUUAAGUUGCGGCCCUCAGCCAAUGGGGCCGCUGCCGCCCGCUGACAUCACCCGGCAGCCAGUUCCCUCCAGCUGCACAGCGCCUCAGUUUCUGCUUUUUUUUUUUUAAUAAAAAAAAAAAAAGACCUAAAAUGGAGGCCGGUUUCUCGCCGUAAGCAGCGGGCUGCCUCCCCCGGCGCAGCCCCGAUGUUGACAUGUAACCGGGCCGGCGGCAGGAUGGUGGUGGUGGACGCGGCCGGUCCCAACGGGCCCUUCCAGCCCCUGGCCCUGCUGCACAUCAGAGAUGUUCCUCCUGCUGAUCAAGAAAAGCUUUUUAUCCAGAAGUUACGACAAUGUUGUGUACUUUUUGACUUUGUUUCUGAUCCACUAAGUGACCUAAAGUGGAAGGAAGUAAAACGAGCAGCUUUAAGUGAAAUGGUAGAAUAUAUCACACACAAUCGCAAUGUGAUUACAGAACCUAUUUACCCUGAAGUAGUACAUAUGUUUGCAGUUAAUAUGUUUCGAACAUUACCACCUUCUUCCAAUCCAACGGGAGCAGAAUUUGAUCCAGAGGAAGAUGAACCAACUUUAGAAGCUGCGUGGCCUCAUCUACAGCUUGUUUAUGAAUUUUUCUUAAGGUUUUUAGAAUCUCCAGAUUUCCAACCUAAUAUAGCUAAGAAAUAUAUUGAUCAGAAAUUUGUAUUACAGCUUUUAGAGCUUUUUGACAGUGAAGAUCCUCGUGAAAGAGAUUUUCUCAAAACAACUCUUCACAGAAUAUACGGGAAAUUCUUAGGCCUGAGAGCUUACAUUCGGAAACAAAUUAAUAAUAUAUUUUAUAGGUUUAUUUAUGAAACGGAACAUCACAAUGGCAUAGCAGAAUUACUGGAAAUACUGGGAAGCAUAAUUAAUGGAUUUGCCUUACCAUUAAAAGAAGAGCACAAAAUAUUCUUAUUGAAGGUUUUGUUACCACUGCACAAAGUGAAAUCACUCAGUGUUUACCAUCCACAGCUGGCGUACUGUGUAGUUCAGUUUUUGGAAAAGGACAGCACACUUACAGAACCAGUUGUAAUGGCACUGCUGAAAUACUGGCCAAAGACUCACAGUCCAAAAGAAGUCAUGUUUUUAAAUGAACUAGAAGAAAUUUUAGAUGUUAUUGAACCAUCUGAAUUUGUAAAAGUUAUGGAGCCUCUCUUCAGACAGCUAGCCAAAUGUGUGUCCAGUCCACACUUUCAGGUGGCAGAGCGAGCAUUAUACUACUGGAAUAAUGAGUAUAUUAUGAGUUUAAUUAGUGAUAAUGCAGCAAAGAUUUUACCCAUCAUGUUUCCAUCCUUGUACCGGAAUUCAAAGACACAUUGGAACAAGACAAUACAUGGCUUGAUAUACAAUGCUCUGAAACUCUUCAUGGAGAUGAACCAAAAACUGUUCGAUGACUGCACACAGCAAUUUAAAGCAGAAAAACUGAAAGAGAAGCUAAAAUUGAAGGAACGGGAAGAAGCAUGGGUUAAAAUAGAAAAUCUAGCCAAAUCAAAUCCCCAGUACCCAACAUAUAGUGACACGAGUUUGAUGAACAGUCCUGUUGCAAUGGAAACAGAUGGGCCUUUAAUUGAAGAUUUGCAGAUGCUGAAAAAGACAGUGAAAGAAGAGGCUUGUCAGGCACAGAAAGAUCAGAAAAAAGAUCGUCCUCUUGUGCGACGCAAGUCAGAACUGCCUCAGGAUAUCUAUACCAUGAAAGCCUUGGAAUCACAUUGCAGAGCUGAUGAAUUAAUAUCACAUGAUGGGCAUUAAACUAUUUACAGUGAAAUAUUAUUUUGAAGGAAAAGAUGUUUGUUUUUUUUCUGGACUCAGUUCUACAGUAGAACUUACUUUUUUGUGCCAUACCAAUCAGUUACACACAAAGUCAAAGCUUUCUUCAACCCAGUUCUGUAGGCAAUAACUUAAUAGAGUAUGCAGCUCAAGAUUAGUAGUUCAAACAAUGGUAAAUUACCCAAUUCCAAAUGCAGAAUGUCGGGUUGACUAUAAUCAAGUGGACACAAUUUCCUGGAGGUGUUACCAUAGUACCAGCUAGCUGAUAACGUAGUUUUUUAUCUUCAUAUUUGAGAAGAGCAUUCUAUAAACUAUUUCCACCUAAAAAAAUGAAUGACCAAUAGUUGGUACUAAUGAUAAAUGUGUAUUUUCAAAAGCAAAAUUAUUUCAAAUUUAAUAAUUAAACUUUUUGUAGGAUUUCUCAACUUUAUAGUUGUUUCCACGUUAUUGCUGUCUUGUAGUAUACCAGCAGUUUUGAAAAUACACAAUUAUUCUUUCAUACUAUAAAACAUGGCUUACAAACUGGUAACUUUCAUGACAAUCCUCAAUCAUGACUCCUUUCUAAGAAUUAUGUAAUUUUUUUCUCCUUUACUUAGGAUGAAGAUACAGAUCUAUAUAUUCCAUGUCCUAAUACUUUAUGUAUAUUUAAAGCCAUAUUUUCCAGUCUCUGGUAUAUAAUACGGCACCAGUAUUUGAGAUGUGAACUGGUAGAAUAAUUUUUCCUAAAAUGAAAAUUUUGUUUAUGAUGACUGGGAAUAGACUGAAUAUAAAAUUUCAUUUUAAUUUUUUUCAAGUCAAUAAAAUACUCUUUCACUGUUUUCUCCC